AAGAAACUCACUGAAGGCGUUUUAUCGUUUUUCGUACGAAUGAGGCAGUGCCAUUUCUGCUCGUAACAGUUGUAUUGGCAUAAUUGUUCAAAAUGCCGAGUGGGAGUGGUAACAAACGCUUGAGUGCCGCUAAAAUUCAAUGCUUAAUGAAAAUACCAGUAGUUGUUUUAGAGAAGCUCGUUAUUAAGACUGAUAAAAUUAUUGCUAAUAGCCAGGGAGAGGUUAAAAAAAUCAAAGUUGUCAAAAAAUGUACGCAGAAGAUGAAAUCAAAAAAAGUAGUUGUAAAUUUAGAAAAAAAACAUAAAGGAACUGAAAAAUCUAAAUCUUCAAGUAAGGAUCUUCCAUUUUGUGCAAAUAAUUCAUUAUAUCCAAAGGUUAUUCUAGAAAGGAUGUCUAUAAAUACAACAAAAUAUCCUUGUUCCAAAAAAGAUGGCACUGUUUUAGAAAAAUCUACCAAUUCCUGCAAGAGUUUAACUUGUGAGUCCAAUUCUAAAAAAACUAGAAGAAAGAACUCUGAUUGUUUAACUACAGAUGAAACAGAGUCAAGUGAAAUCAACCUAUCCAGUAUUAAUAAAGAAAAUUUGACUACCAAUAUUAAAAAUCAACAAUCAACAAAUGAAGAUACUCUAGAAAAAAAAUCGAAAAAAUAUAAUUUAAUCAGUAUUAAUCAAAAUAGUACAUCAAAUGCAACAAAGUACCGUGUACAAGCAGAAAGUAAAGAGGUAGAGUCAUGUAUGCAACAGAAAGAUAAGUGUCAUACCCCGAGCAAGAAUUUACUGGUUAAAUUUUCUCGAGAAAUGACAAUUUCUAAUGAAGCAAAUAAUAAAGAAAAUAAGCAUGCAAUCGAGCUAGAUAAUACUCACAAAUUAACAAAUGUACAAAAUCUUGUUGAUGAAUCUGAUGAUGAAAUAGACAUUUUAACAAUUGAUGAUGAAACUGUUAUUGAAGGUAAACCAGAUGAAAGCGUUAAGUAUAAUACCACCGAUGAUUCAUUUCACUCGAAUGGACAUUUAAAAGUAGUAACGAGUAAAACUAAUUCUGUAAGCAAGAUUGCAGAUUCUAGUGACAUGUCAACUGAAAAUUCAUCUGAUGAAUCUAGUACUUUUACUGAUGACGAACGUAACACUGAUAGUGAAUCAAUUAGUGAAUUUUUGACUUAUGAAGGAAAUGCGCUUAAAAACCCACGUCCUGAAAAUCAAAUCAGGAAACUUGACCAACCAAUUGAUAAACAUAAUUUUUAUAUAAGCUUAAAGGAUGCUUUUGAGUCUAUAGCAAAUGACAUGAAUCACUUGGAUGAGGCACUUUGUACAUAUGGAGCAUCUCAUGAGGACUAUGAAACGAGAAGUCACGUAGAUGAUGAUUAUAUUGAAGAGUCGCCAUUAAUUUUGCAUGUUCCCAAUCGACAAAAUGACGUUAAUAUAGUAAAUAAUCAAAGCGAAAGGACUAUUAACUACUGUGGAUAUAAUUCUGCUUCUUCUACUUUGGAACGAAGAUUAAAUUUUGUAAGGGAGAGUCAAUUAUUUAACCGUCUGAAUCAAAAUAAUGAAAGUUGUAAUGGCCAAACACCUGGUGGAGAUAAUCUCCCUAAAAGAAUUUCGAUUAGAGUUGCACGCUGUCCAAAGUGCAAAAGAGUUUUCACAGACGUGAACUUUGCUAGGCAUUGGGAUAUGUGUCGCAUAGGCCCAUAUAUACCAUGUGUAUUCUGUGAUAACAAAUUCAAGCAAAAACGAAGUCUUAUUUCACACAUGAAAAGACAUCACCGCAAUAAAAUCCAUGACAAUGACAUCUUCCGGGUUGCUAAUAAUUCUUAUUUGAAAGCAAAAGCAGCAUUAGCUAAAAUGAAACAUCUUCCCUCGGAAAUGCUGGAAAUUCAUGUACCAGACUUUGUGCGGGUUUAUUGCAAGAUGUGCUUCACAGCAUACACAUCACUACCACAGAAUUAUCGAAAAAUCUGCGAAAAUUGUUCCAAAGUCCUGACUUUCCACUGCAACCGCUGCCACACGUAUCAGCUGACCUCACACCACAUGGCGAUGCAUUUACGAAGCGAAUGCGAGGUCAUUGAACAUUCCUCAGUAUUGUGUCCUGAUUGCAAUUAUUUCGAGGCAAGGAGUCGCAGGACAGAGCAACGGGUAGUCCAAGCCCAACAGUCCUUGCUACCAUCACUUUCAGUUCCGCUAGUCGAUCCUGAACAAGAUAUACACCUCUGCAAGAAAUGCGGCAGAGAGCUGCACUCCCGUCGUUCAUUGGUAAAGCACACGCGACAUUGCGGAAGGGCCGCUGAUUUAUCUUGCAAGUAUUGUACAUACAAAACAAAGCACAGAUCUGUCAUUAUGGUGCACAUGCAGCAACACGUUAUCAACAACGACCAGCCUCUUGUUAGGGAUGAUGAGGAUGUUGCUGUUGUUGAAAAUAUUUCCCAAGUUUCUUUUAAUACUGUAAAAAUGCCUGAACCCUCUAAGGAGGAACACAAGAGAAUUAUAGACAGCAAAAUAGUAGUAUACUGUCCAAAGUGCCAACACAAGCCGGGAGAUACGCUGGAAUACAGAUACACCACGUGCAUAAACUGCUGUUGCCCGUACAACUUUCAAUGUUCAGAUUGCAAUAUGGUGUACACUUCGUAUUGUCUUGUCAAUUACCACGUAGCGCGACAGCACGCCCCGAAAAUAUUUAGCUGCGAUACGUGUCCUAGAACGUACUCUUUUGAACCUGAUUUUUUAAAUCACAUGGAGAAUUGUAAAAAAAUGAAUACUCUCUUUUGCGACGAAUGUACAUAUACAACGCGGAUGCCGCGAUACCUACUAAAUCACCAACUGCGCAGACAUCCGAAGGACCAAGACUUGAAAUAUCCAUGUACAAAGUGCUCGAUGAGAUUCUCCCUUGAAAUGUCGUUAAGGCAGCACCUGAAGCACUGUGGCUUAACUCGCAGAGAACGUCUUGCUUGUAAUCAUUGCGGCUUCACAACAGUUUCUAAAUUCAGUCUCAAGAGACACUUGCAGUCGCAACAUGCAACCGAGAUUUUUGAACUACAGUUUAGUUGCGAUUUUUGUAAGAAAAAGUUCUCCAAUGUUUUUUGCUACGAAAGCCAUGUUGAAAAGUGUCCCACGAAACUAUUAUCCAACAGUUUAUUACCUUAACCUGCUUACUUUGUCCUGUUUAUCUUGUUAGAAUAACUUUUUAUUUGAAACCUAAAAGACCGUGACAUCAUUAUUUGUAUUACUUGUUUGAAAAUACAAA